AUGAUGGCUUGUGUUCUGAUGCCACAUCUCGUCGAAAUGGAGUUGGCUACGAAAUCUGAGAAAGUGGCACUACCUGUUGAUGAGGAAGUGUCUGUGAAAUCCACCGAUGGAAACAAAACUGCUGAGAAGCCUCUUGCGAAGACAAACAUCACGAGUGAGAAAGAUGCAGUGAAGGUGAAAGAAGAGAAUGCUGAGAAGGUGCAUGUGAAAGGCAUUGAUGGUGUGAAGACUGUGAACGAGACAUCACAUGGGACGAAUGCAACCGAAGUGAAGGAUAAGAGUAAGACGAAAGAAGGGAAGGGUAAGAAGAGCGUGAAAGACAAGAAGGACGAUUGCGAUGAUGAUGAUGAUGACAAGGACGAUGAUGAUAAGUAUGAGAAGGACGAUGAUGACGACAAGGAUGACAAGAAGAAGAAGCAGAAGAAACAGGAGGAGAAGAAGGAGAAACAGGAGAAGAAGGAGGCGAAGAAGGCCGCUAAAUCUGCGAAGGUGAAGAAGGCCAACGAAACUGAAAAGGCGAUUGUGGACGCUAAGCAGGUGAAGAAUGUGAACGUGACGACUGUUGACAAAAAUAAUACAAAGACGGUAUAG